AUGGAUAAAACUGUAUCAUUGCCUUGCAGCAACGAUGGUGGAGUGCCAGAAGAAACAGGGAUGGAGAAAGUACUUUCUGAUCUGCGUGCGCUCAAGAAGCUAUACGGGCUGCUCCAAAGGUUAGAUGAGACGUCCAAGGCCCUUCUGAAGAAGUUGCUCGAUGGUGCUACCCGCCUUGCUCUACUGAGCAAGAGCAACUCAUUUUUAAUCUUAGAUCUUACUACCGCUUCUGAUUCGGUGAUUCCGUUCUCUCUUGGUCUGACUCUGACGUCUCCGAAGAAAACAGAUCAAACAACGCCGUCGAGUUCAUCGUUUCUUAGCAACGAAUUGCCCGAAGAAGCGGAGACGACGGAGGAGAUUUCGUCUGAUCUGCAGGCGCUCACGAGACUAUACAUGCUGCUUCACAAGGGUGUUGCUGCAGAUGAAGAUUUAGAUGAGGCAUCCAGGGCUCUCCUGAUGAAGGUACUAGGAGAUGCCACCCAGGACGCUGUGCGGAGGCAGGCAAAGAUGUUAUCAGGUUCUCUAGUGUCCCCAGCGCUAGAGAGAGAGCUCUCCAUGCGAUCAGACUGCCGGACAGGGCAUGCCGAUCCGCGCCUGAGGCCAGUGGCGUCACCCAGUCCCAGACCCAGCCUCCUGGCCAGUGAGCGAUCGCGCCAGCUUAACCUGCAACACUCUACGGUGUCAAGCCGAUCCGGCCUCCACGCCGACGGCCUUCACCAUGCAGCGGAAGAGCCUGAAGAGCCUACCCUUGCCCUUGCUCGCCUCCCCUUCAAUCGCUCGUCGAGAACCACGUUGCCGGCAGCACGGCAUCGUCCAAGCCAAGAGCAACGGCACUCCAACCUCAGCCUCCACUGGUUCUCCGUGGCUGGAACGUCGAGACAUGGCACGGUGACCGGAAGUACUCCGUUUGCCAACCGCCGGGACAGUAUCUAUCGCAGCUCUGGCCGUGGUGACCAGUGGGCGCUGGAAAGCAGCAGCAGGCGGCGUUCCGUGUCGCGUGAGCUGUCUCUGGGGCAAUCGUCAAGGCUGCAUGGCCGCGCCACCAUCCCGCGGCACGUGGGAGCGGAUAGCUCCUCCUCGGUGCCUCUCUUCGAGAGGCUGGACUCUGGGCUGUCCGUGAGCAUGGCGUCGCUUCAUGGCGUGGAGCGUGCCGGACGCGGCGUGGCUACGCCGGAACGCUCUUCCUCGAGCAACACGGUGGCGACCAUUCGAAGCCGCAUCAGAACAAGCAGCACUCCUUUCACGGAGCGCUCCCUGCGCCGAUCAGCAGUACAAGGGAGGACUCCACGUUCACGCGGGAGGCAACAAGGCAGCGACGACGUUUCCAGCGAGGACAUGUACCGCAGCAUGUACAGCGGUAGCAGAAGCUCAUCGUGCGCCGCCUCCAGAAGCCCGACGCCGCCGGCGCCGGCGCCGGCGCCGCGUGCUUUUGCUAACCCCUACUACUACUCGCCGCCGGUGGUGACACGGGGCGUUGCUCCGCCGGUGUACGCACCUGAGCAGGUGUCGCGCUCAACGAGGAGGCGUCGUCGACAGGAAGUCCUGGACAAGCGGGUGGCGCGGCUGCGGAUGCUCAAGGACAAAAUCGGCGCGGUGUUCCAUCACCGCCACGACCAUCACCACCACCACCACCUCGGGGGCGGCCAGGAGGAGGGCCCCUCGUCCAGGUCCAGGAGCGUCGUCCGCGGCGCGGGCCACAACUCGCCGUGGCAGUUCCUUACGAGCAUGUUCCACCGCGCGAUGGAAGGGAAAGAUAAGAGCACGAGGAUCCGAACGGCGGUAGGCGUGCCGGCGGAGAAGAGGCGCGGCGGUGGCGGGAACAUGCGCGCUCUCUUUGACGCGGUCCGGCGGCACCUGAAGGGAAAGCGGAGGGCACCGGCGGCAGGCAUAAAGCUGAGGAGGAAGGCCAGCCUGAGCCGGGUGCGGGCCAAGAAGAUGCAUUGGUGGCAGCGGCUGAGGCGGCGGCGCGGCAUGGCAGGGCUGACGGCGGGCAGUAGACCACGGCGCCGUUUAGGACAUUGA